UGAUGUUGCCGAAACCCUUUGUCCAUGCGCGUUCUUGAGUUCUUUCUUGACCUAAUUUUCCGUUUGCGAGGCUUCAGUCCACGCAGUGUCUUUACUUACAAAUUUUAUUUUCAGUUCAGACCAUAUUAUUCAAGGUUCAACGAACCGUUCACAUUUGAGGCACCUUUUCCCGUGAUCAUGUGCGUUGAGUGAAAAUUCAUUCUUUUGUGACUUUCUCCUUUUCCACAUUAAACAUGUGCUCCUUAUCGUUCUUCUGCGGAGUUCAUCAAAACCUGUGGUAAAGAUCCUGGUUCAGAUAUCUGUAAUCUCUGGAGUCUCAGUUUGCUGGAAGUACCUAUUGUUUUCCAGCAAGUUUUAUCAAGUGCUAUGGUGUUCGACUGCAGCUCCCUAAACCUUGACUGGCUUUUCCUCACCCCCAAAAAAUUUGAAUGUUCUCGAUGUGAGGACGGAAAAAGCAGGCUGAACUCCGAGAGCAGCAACAUGUACAUCGAAGUAUUCAGUGGCAAAAAGGCCGAAGAAGGAAAACCGGCCAAAGGCGUCCAACUUCAGAGGGAGCUGGGGCUAAUGAGCGCUGUGAAUUUGAUUCUCAGUGUCAUGAUUGGUUCUGGAAUUUUUGUCUCUCCAACACGAGCUCUGAAGGAGGCCGGAUCCAUCGGAAUGGCCCUCAUUGUUUGGGCUCUAUGUGGAACCAUCUCCAUGCUAGGUGCGUUGUCUUAUGCUGAGCUUGGCACUGUUGUUAACAAAUCCGGAGCUGAGUACUCUUACUAUCGAGAAGCAUUUGGACCCCUCCACAAAUUUUGGGGACCACUUCCUAGUUUCAUCAAUUGUUGGGUUUCAAUCGUAUUUGUCCGCCCUGCAGAGAUUGCUAUAAUCAUCCUGACUUUUGCGGAAUACUUUACUCAAUUACUUAACCCCAUUAUCCCACCAAAUGAAAUUGAUAAUUACUAUGAUAGAAAGAAGAUAGUCGCCAUCGCAGCUCUUUUUAUUAUCACAGCAAUCAACUUCUUUAGUGUCAAACUGUAUGUUAAGAUUCAGAAUAUUUUCUCAUCAUUCAAAGUUGCUGCUUGCUUCCUUGUCAUAGGCUGUGGUCUCUACUACAUUUUCAUUGGGAAAACUCAAAACCUUGAAAAUCCAUUCAAAGGAUCAGAUUUAUCGCCAAGAGCUUUUGCAGUGGCAUUUUACCAUGGUCUUUGGGCUUAUGAUGGCUGGUCCUCAGUGACUACUGUCACAGAAGAAAUUAAGAAACCUAAUAAAAACAUCCCCAGAGCAGUCAUAAUUGCUGUGCCUUUGGUCACAAUGUUGUACUGUUUCAUGAAUGUCUCUUACAUGACAGUUCUGAGCGUUCCGGAGUUGAUUCAAGCCAAAGCUGUUGCCAACGAAGUCGGUGUGAAAGUUUUGGGUCAUUUCUCCUGUUUAAUCCCAAUGGGUGUUGCACUUUCAACGUUUGGUUGUGCUCUUAGCGUGCAAUUUGGAGUAACCAGAUUAUGUUACUCAGCAGCUAAAAACGGACACAUGAUGGAAAUAUUUUCCUAUGUUCACUCGAAAAGACUUACCCCAGCUCCAGCUGUGCUUUUGCAGGGUGCUCUGUGUCUGGUGUGCAUUUUGGCUGGAGAUAUAAUUACCCUAAUUGAAUUCGCCAGUUUCCUUGUCUGGACAUUCUAUGGUCUUGCCAUGGUCGCCUUAAUUGUUAUGAGAUACACGAAAAAAGAUGUUCCUAGACCAUGGAAAGUACCAAUUGUUAUUCCUAUUUUUGUUAUGAUCAUCGCCUCAUGUUUGGCAAUUAUUCCAAUUGCAAUGAAGCCUCAACCUCAGUACCUGAUAGCCGUUGGAUUCCUUAUUUCUGGAUUUGUUGUCUACAUUCCUUUCAUUUACUUCCAGAAGAAAUUAUUCGGCGCAGAUAUGUUCACGAAAGCAGUCAAGUCAGUGAUGAACGUUCAACCUCCUGACCAAGAUCAAGAACUCAUCGCCAAAAAGACAGCCCAGCUUAAUGAUGAUCAGUCUGAUCCAAAAGAGGCUCUGUGUGUUGUUUCUCUUCUGUCAGAAACCAAAGACGAUUCGUGUUGCGAUGAGCCUUGCUGUGACGACUCAUGUCACAAAAAAUCGUGUUGUGACAAAUCGUGCCUUGAAAAAUCGUGUUGUAACGAAUCGUGUCUCGAAAAAUCGUGUUGUAACGAAUCGUGUCUCGAAAAAUCGUGUUGUGACGAAUCGUGUCCACGUCAAUAAUCACUUGUUAGUUUGUUAAGCAAGAUGUACAUUUGUAAAUACGACGAAUGUUUGAGCGAUCAUUGUGAACGUAAUCAAGUAUUCUCCCGAGUUGUGACUUCUCCUCACAUGAGAGUCUUCUUUUGUGCCAUUAAUUUAGCAGUAACAACAAUUAGUCCAUUACUGUGUCGUCUGCUGUGUCAAAGCAUUGUUUUUUAUAAGUAACCUGAUAUUCUUUUAGGUUCCUUCAAUAUUCAAGAAGUACAAUUAACUUUGAUUCAAUUCAAGUGCAGCUGUGCAAAUAUCAACAAAGAAAUCAGAUUUCAAGAGUCAAUUCCGAAAAGGAAAGCUAAACUUAUCUACUCGAAACCUCGUGUCCUCACUCUGUCCAAUGAUAUUCAUAUUUCUGCAAUGAGAAAUGCUCCAAGAGAAAAAUAAUCAAGUCGUCAAUUAUUUUUUAGAAAACGAGAGCUUAAACAACAUUAUUAGUAUGCAGUAAUUGAACCUUAAUUUGACAGAAGGAACUACAAUUUCCGGUUCAUUUUAGAAACAACGCCUGUGCCAUUAGUUUCCCUAUGCAGAUAGAUGCUUCUUUUGAUGAGCCAGAAAUAGGAGUUCCAAAAUGCAAAGUGCAGUCUAAUUUGAAAUGUGGCAACUUCUUUGGAAUUUAAAAAAUAGGGUAAAUGUUAAAGAUUAAAUGAUUUUACAAAAUAAUUAUAGUUGCAUAAACCUCUUUAGAAUUAUAUUGUUUCCUCAGUAUGCGUCUCAUCUCUCCUGAAAUUUAUUUUCAACAAUUCAAAAAUUAAGCGUUGUUCCAAACAGCAUAAUUCUCAUGAGGGAAAAUUUGUGCGUGGAAGAGCUUUUUCUCGAUACUGAGACAUUAGGUCUAGAAUGAAUUUGAAUGCAUGUUGGCUGAAUCACCAACACUGUCUGAACGACUUGUGUGUUGAACCACAAUCUGCUUGUUAAUUCAAAUGUUGUCCUUGAAUUCUAUUGAAUUGUAUUGGAAUCUAUCUAAUCGUAAGCUCAAUCAAAUGUCCUUUUUUUCAUUUUGUUCCUCAGCCCUUGAAAAAGUGUUACAUACAUAUUAGUUCUCACUCUUGUUUACCACAAUCUGCAAAUUGCCAACUUGUAUUUUUUCUCCUUGAGGAAGCAUUUUAUUCAUCAAAUUUUAUGAAGCAGUAGACGUUUCAAAUCUUUCAUAAAUUGAAGUGGCCUCCAUUUGAUUGUUUUAACUUAUAGUGAAAGUUACAAUGCUGAGAUCAUUGUCAGACUUUAUCUGUAAUUGGUUCUUUGUGUGUGUAUCUGCGGUAAUAUUGCUCACUUAAUCCAGCUAUAAUCAACGUUUUCCAAUCUUUUACCACUGAGAAGCAUAGCUGAUGUAUAGAAAACUUUUAGUUUCGACAUGAUUUCCCUCUGGAAACCUUCAAGAAACAUUGAUGUGGCCUUCAUUGGAUGUUCCAGUGCUAUUCUUCAUGAAUGUCUCAUCUCUGCCCUAUCUAGAAAGGGCAGGGCUUCCUUGUUAUUCUGUGAUCUCGAUUUCACCUAGUUUUCUUAUUUUAUGACUUCUCUAAUGUAUUUUAAGUAUAGUUAGUUUUAGUUAAUUUUAUGUCAAACUGUUAGAUCUUGUACUGAUCGAGUCAAGUCAUUUUUUACCAACGUGUAAUCUUAUUGUGCCUAUCUUUUUCUUUAAUUUAUUAAACAAUUUUUUAUUGUA